AUGGCGGGCAUGAGUGUAGCUCGUGUAUACGCCAACGCCAACGAGACGCGUGGGCGAGAAUGGUGGGACUAUGACAACCUGGCGUUGCAGUGGGGCACGCAAGACAACUAUGAGAUCUUGCAAAAGGUUGGCCGUGGUAAAUACUCGGAAGUGUUCGAGGGCGUAAACGUGUCCACGCCGUCGUACGACAAGUGUAUUAUCAAAGUGCUAAAGCCUGUGAAGAAAAAGAAGAUCAAGCGUGAGAUUAAGAUCCUGCAGAACCUUAUGGGUGGCCCGAAUGUUGUACAGCUGAUUGAUGUGGUGCGUGACCCGCAAUCGAAAACACCCUCUAUUGUCACGGAAUAUGUGAACAAUACCGACUUCAAAGUUCUGUAUCCCACACUGACUGACCAUGACGUGCGAUACUAUAUCUUUGAGCUGCUCAAGGCCUUGGACUUUUGCCACUCGCGCGGUAUUAUGCACCGUGAUGUCAAGCCACACAACGUAAUGAUUGAUCACGAGAAGCGUCAGCUUCGGCUGAUUGACUGGGGUCUGGCUGAAUUUUACCACCCAUAUACCGAGUACAACGUACGUGUGGCUUCAAGGUAUUUCAAGGGCCCCGAGCUGCUAGUCGACUUCCAGGAGUACGAUUAUUCGCUUGAUAUGUGGAGUCUUGGCUGUAUGUUUGCCUCCAUGAUCUUCCGCAAGGAACCUUUCUUCCAUGGCCACGAUAACUACGAUCAACUUGUGAAGAUUUGCAAGGUGCUUGGUACAGACGAGCUCUUUGUGUAUCUUGAUAAGUAUAAAAUCGAGCUGGACUCGCACUACGAUGUCAUCCUUGGUCGUUACCCGCGUAAGCCCUGGUCGCGCUUUGUCAACCCUGACAACCAACGCUAUAUUUCUGACGAGGCAAUCGAUUUCCUUGAUAAGCUUCUUCGUUACGACCACCAGGAUCGAUUAACGGCACAGGAGGCUCAGGCACACCCCUACUUUGACCCUGUGCGUCCUGAUAGCAGCGUGACAAAAUCGUAA